AUAGUGCACGUCACAUUCCCGAUACGUCGGGAAAGUGGCGAGUAUGAAAUUAUCGAGGCCUGGAGAGCACAGCACAGCGAGCAUAAAACACCAACAAAGGGCGGCAUCCGAUAUGCGCCAAAUGUUACCGAGGAUGAGGUCAGCGGUACGACCUUCAUGUGUGCGGUGUUUCAGACAGAGUUGCUCUAAAUGUUUUUUUAGUGACAACAUUUUAUUCCGCAAACUCUGA